AAGCUCAUGACCCUACAAUUCUCAAAAGCUUGCUCCAAUUCCAAAGUCUGGUGCCUCAUUAUGAACCUUCUAUUCCAUUUUCAUGUCUUUUUUCUUUUGCGAACUACAUUAUGGUAAAGUGUAUUUCGUAUACAUUAAUUCAUCUGUACGCAUAUAUUCAUUCAUAUAAAUCAUGUUAUUGUCCUUGUUGCUUUUCUGUUAUCAUUAUCUCUUUCGUCCGAUGUCCAAAGAAGAAAUGAGUUUGUCUAUGAACGUAAAUGGCCAUUCUAAAGUGCCUCCAGGGUUCCGGUUCCACCCUACUGAGGAAGAGCUUCUUCAUUACUAUCUGAGAAAGAAGGUCGCUUACGAAAAGAUCGAUCUUGAUGUUAUUCGCGACGUUGACCUUAACAAGCUUGAACCAUGGGAUAUCCAAGAAAAGUGUAGGAUUGGAUCCACCCCGCAAAACGAUUGGUAUUUCUUUAGUCAUAAAGACAAGAAAUACCCCACAGGGACACGAACAAAUCGGGCAACUGCUGCGGGUUUCUGGAAAGCUACAGGUCGAGAUAAGGUUAUUCACAGUAGCUUUACGAGGAUCGGUAUGAGGAAGACGCUUGUGUUCUAUAAAGGUCGAGCACCUCAUGGACAAAAAUCGGAUUGGAUUAUGCAUGAGUAUAGACUUGACGACAACACGAUUAAUACCAACCAAGAUUAUGCCUCUGGCUCCAACAUGUGCGAUUCGGCUCAAGAAGAAGGGUGGGUUGUUUGCCGAGUGUUCAAGAAGAAAAACUACCACAAAGCUGUGGAAAGCCCCCAGAGGUCGUCUUCGGCUCCUUCGAUUGAUUCAACCACUAACAUGCAACCUCUGAACAAAGCUGGAAGUGUUCGUGAUCAGUUUCUAGUGUACGUCAAUGGCAGAUCCUGCAAGAGAGAAAUGGAUUCUUCUUCUCUCAACAAUAUCGCCAUCACCCAUGACUGCUAUAACCCUAUGCAACAAUUUGCAAACCCCAUUGAUGACAGAUUCAUCCACCUCCCCAGACUCACCAGUACUACGACCACCAUCGCCACCUCCGGUCACUUCAGCUCAGCCACCUUUGAUCAUCAAGACUCCACCUUUCACGCCCAUAACUCCAUGAACCACUUGUUUACAGAAACCGAACACUCUAGAAACACAAAUACGACCAUGGUGAAUGAGCAUGAGAGAAGAGUUCAUGAUCAUCUUGACCAUUGGGCUGAUCUAGAUCGCCUCGUGGCUUCCCAGCUCAAUGGAAAACUAAGCUCAUCGAAUCAGUUGUAUGCUUCGUACAAUGAACCCAAUGAAGAAUUAUGUUUCGCAGUUGAUCAUGAGGAGCAAGAACAAUCACAACUCCAUGGCUCCACAUCCAUGGCUAAACCAGCUUAUACAAACGAGAUAGAUCUAUGGAGCUUUGCCCAAUCUUCAUCACAGUCGUCGUCCCCAGAUCCCUUUUACCAUAUGUCAGUAUAAUUCCCAUCAUUUCAUUCCAGUUUACUUCGUAUAUUUUCCCCUCAAACAUUUGAAGAACGACGUACGUACGUACCCAUUAUAAUCCACUUUAUUAGUAAUACAAAACAAAUAAACCACUAAGGGCAUACAAUACAACGAACAGUUUAAUCGAUUAGUUUAAUGGAUUGUCAAUCUAUUCUUCAUAUAUACCUCUAUCAAACAAUAUGAACGGAUUGUCAAAUUAUCAUUUAAUUCUUCGUACACCUCUUCAAAAAAUUUCUUAUAAUGGAUUACAAAGUUUGAUGGAACAUAUUUUCAGUAAUUAAAUAGCUUCAUUUAAUUUUCUCAUUGAAAAGUUCCCAUUCAAAUCAGUAUACAUUAAAGGUCAACAUGGCAGUUUGUAUAAACAAGUAGGUAGCAAUUUUUAUGAGUAUACUUGUUGACCAUGAUAUAAAGUCAAAAUAUAUAGUAUCAUUGUAUUGUGAUUGAUGGACACAGAUAUUAACAUUCCC